AUGUUAAAAAAACCAUUCAAACCUCCUGGAUCUAAAGAUGGUUCAGAAAAUACAAGCGGUUUAUCAAAACCAUUUUAAAAGCCAUUGCUGAAAUAAACUAUUUCUGCUCCUUCUAACUUAGAGUCAGCAAAAGCUACUAAGAAAGAAGAGUCAGUUGACUCAAAAGAAUAGCCUAUUAGUGAUUCAGAAAAUUUAAAAGAAAACAAAGAAAAAACUACUCCUGUAAUUUAAAAUAAACCAUAGGGCUUAUUAGGAUUGAAGUCAAAGCCAUUCAAACCUUUAGUAAGUAAGUUAGAAGUUAAAAGUAAUACUGAUACUAAAACUUAAAUGAAACCUAGCUCAACUUUUAGCACAAAUCCUACAGCAAAAAAUUAACCACCAUAAUAAGAAGAAAAAAAUAGUCCUGAAGAAUUUUAUAAAUGCUUUUGGUCGAAAGACGUUAAGAAAAAACACAAAGUAUUAGAUGAUGGUAUUAUAGUAUUUACUUCUAGUAAAGUAUAAAUAUAUAACUCAGAUGGAGAAAAAAUUUACGAUAGCUACAAAUCAAAACUGUAUUGUCCUAAUCCAGAUAAUGGAAACUAAUACAUAGUAGGUUAAUAUUUUGUUGAGCAGGAUGAUAAAAUAUCAAAAGAUGAUUUCUUAAGUGGAAGAUGCUUUGUCAAGGCCAAAAUGACUUAUGAAAAAGAUUAAACAAUCGCCAAAAAAAAAAUAGCCCCAAUGAAGAAAAAUACAUAGUCUGAAGGGCCUAAACCCUCAGAUAUAGUUGUUCCUGAAAACUCGUAUUUGCUCACUGACCCUUCUAAUAAAUAACUUUUUCCUGUUUACAUCGAUGUUUACUUGAAUAAUAGCAUGAGAAUUCAUCAAAGAUUGGGUGUUAAAUUUAUGUUUGAGUGUAUUUCAGGCCUUAGAGGACCUGAUAUUGGUGGUUGCAUUUUAGCUGAUAGUAUGGGUCUCGGUAAGACACUUCAAACAAUAGCAUUAAUCUGGACUUUGAUAAGAAGAAAUCCACAUUCAGGAACUUCACCUUUAAUUAGAAAAGUUGUAGUAGUAGCACCAGUAAGUCUAUUAGGAAGUUGGAAUAAAGAAGUAAAAAAAUGGCUAGGAGAUGCACGUUUAAUCCCUAAAAUAGCUUUAGGCAAAAGAGAAACAGUAAUCAGAAUUUGCAAAGAAUUCGCAAGUAGCUCAGCUAAAAUGCUUCUAAUUUCUUACGAGUAAUUUAGAAUGCAUGUAGAGACUUUAUCUAAUGCUUGUGACCUCUUAAUUUUCGAUGAAGGUCACAGACUCAAAAACAUGAAUAUCAAAACAUUUAGAUCUUUUAAUUCAAUUAAAUGCAAUAGGCGUAUUAUACUAACUGGUACACCACUUCAGAACUCUUUAGAUGAAUUCUACUCUUGUGUUAAGUUUGUUAACCCGAAUAUCUUUGAAAACGAAAAGUAGUUUAAAUUUGUUUUUUCAGAUCCUAUUUUGGCAGCUUUAAAAAGUGAUGCUUCUGCAGAUGCUGUCGAAAAGGCUGCUGUAAGAAGUAAAGAACUCACUCAUAUAAUCAGUAGAUUCGUUUUAAGAAGAAAGGCUGAUAUUUUGGAAAAAUUAUUACCUCCUCGUUCUGAAUACUUUAUCUUUUUGAAGCUUACACCUUUUUAAAACAUGUUAUAUAAGAAGAUGAUAUAAGCAAGAUAUAAUAAAAGCGAACUUGAUACUGGUGAAGGUGCUUUUGGCCUUCUGACUAUAAUGAGAAAGUUACUCAAUCACCCUUAGCUUAUAUACACUGAUGUAGGCAACCAAACGUCUUAAGAGUUUAAGCAAUAUUUCCCUUAAGAUUAUCAACUUGAUGAUUGGGAAGCUUCUUUUAAGUUUAAAUUUAUUUCAGAUUUACUAGAUUAAAUGAGAUAGAUUGAAAUAGCCUAAAAAUCAACUGAAAGAAUAAUUAUCGUAUCUUAUUGGACUUAAACUCUUGAUGUUCUAUAAAUUAUGAUCAAAUAAAAAAAUUUAAAAUUUGUCCGUCUUGAUGGUUCAGUGAAUGCACAAAAAAGAUAAGAAUUGAUUGAUAGAUUCUAAGACCCCACUAAUGACAUCAAAGUUUUCUUGCUUUGUGGUAGUGCAGGUGGUACAGGUUUAAAUCUUAGUGCAGCAAACAGAAUGGUUUUAAUGGAAGCUAACUGGAAUCCUUCAAACGAUUUAUAGGUUAUGGGAAGAAUUUGGAGAGAUGGAUAAACAAAACCAGUGCAUAUUUACAGAUUAGUUGCUUGUGGCACUAUGGAAGAAAAAGUUCUACAGAGAUAGUUCUUGAAAGAAGACUUAAGUUAAAAUGUAGUUGAUGAAAAAAUGAUUGUUAAACAAUAUAAUAAUGAUAAACUAAAAUAACUUUUUGAAUUUAAGGGAGAUAAUUAAUGUACCAGCUUUAAAGAAGAUGAAAAUUAAUUAAAUUAAUUAAAAGAGUUUACUCCUGAUUAUGUUGAUACUAUGGAGAAAUAUAUAACUUUUGUAAAGAGAACAAUUAAGGGAGAAAAGAAAGAUUAGGAGUAAGAGAGUGAAAAUGUAAUUGAUAAUGCUUUUGAUGAAGGAAAUAUUUUCUUAAAACCAGAAGCCUAAAAUGAAGAUGAAGCUGAUGGAGAAGAUUCAUUAGAUGAUAAAGAAAUUAAUGAAGAAGAGGAAGAAAAAAUAAGAGAAGAAUUAACUAAAGACAUCUCUGAAUCCACAGCAGCAACAGGAGAGCUAAGCAGAAUAAUAGAGGAAGAUGAUAAAAAUGUUAAAGAGUGUAAUGAGAGUGAUGAUGAUUUUGCUAUAUUUAAUUAUGCUAAAAAAAAGGAUUCAGAUAAUGAAUAACCCAUAAAAGAAAUAAAGAAUGAAGAUCUUAUAGAUAACUAAAUUGCAGCUGAAAAGGAGGAAGAAUCAUAAAAUAAAGAUAAUAAAGAAGCAGAUAUGCAAGUUGAAGAAAAAGCUGAAGAUGAAGAUGAAGUUGUUGUAACAAAAGGCAGAAGAGGAAGAAGAAAAGCAACUACAACAAGUGAUACUAAUCCAGCCAAAAAUAUACUUAAAAAAUUAAAAAAAUGA